UGGCGGAUUCUGUUAUUGUUCCAUGGCGCACAUCACGGGGAUAAAAUUAUGCUCGAAAAAAUAUCUCAAGCAGAUAUGGAGGAAGGGGAAGGCCAGGACCUAGCCACCACAGUACUGACCUGUGAGGGGGACCUGCACGACCCCGGAUUCCCGGGGCGUCUCCAGAGCCUCGUGCUGCGCCUCCGGGAACUCAUCUCCGAUGAGGAGCAGCCGUUGUGGGUGAAGAAGGUGGAGCCGUGGAACAGCGUGCGGGUGACGUUCACACUCCCCCGUGAUGCGGCGUUACGGCUGCGGCAGCUGGCCCAGCGUGGCGACCGGGCACUCCGAGAACUGGGCAUCCUCUCGGUCCAGGUUGAGGGAGAUCAGAUCAUCAGCCUUACGCUUGCUGGUCGUUAUGGGGAGCCACCGAAGGAAAUCAUCAUCCAGAAGGCGGCGGAAGAGGGUAGUGAGCAGGGCUCACAGGCGUCGCCGCACGUGUCUGGAGUGCCAUCAUCAUCCCCAGCUCUUUCCGCAGCUGCAUCCAGUCGUGCAGGCUCCUCUUCUGCCACCACUACGCCUGCAGAGCCUCCCUCUAUCCAGGCUAGGAGUCCCGCCUUUGCAGCUGCAGCGGCCACUUCAACCAGCGGCAGCAGCGGCAGUGCCUUUCGCUCUCCCAACGUAGUCGCCCCGCCACCGCGGGAACCGCUGCCAUUUCUUUCGAGUGGCUCGUCGCGACUGGUGCGGCCCAGCGCCAAGACACGUCCGCCGUUUCCCUUCGCAAGCAUGACUCACUCCAUGAAGCAGAACAGCGCGGCGGCCGCCGCAGCGGCAGUAGCCACGACGACAAGCGGGAGCAGGUUUCCAUUCUCACCCUCACCUCCUCUAGCCGCGGCACUUGGGGCAGCGCAGCGGCUCGGCAAUGCAACGCGCGGCAACGUGGCACUGUCUAGUCCGCUGCUGGUGAACCUACUCCAGAGCGAAACGGGGUCCAGUGGCCCGCAGAAGACGAUGAUGCCUCCACCUCUGGACACGGGCCAGCCGACAAAGAGGAAGCGCAGGCCCACGAAAAGCAGCCGGGGCAAAGAGGGCUGUUCCCCACCCGGUUCGCCUGCUUCGCCACCCCCCAUGAGCCCGAGCUGCGACAUUGCUAACGUUCUUGGCAGCCGCAGCUACCCCCUGUCCUCCCACAUUCCCGCCUCACCACCCCGUGCGGCGCCACCAACGGCGACAGUUUCCGUGGCUCCUCCUUCACCCCCCGCUGCUGUCGAGAGUCGCACGACCACUCACCUCAUCAACCCUUUCACGGGCCACCUGGAACCCAUGCCUUCUGACGAAGAGGACGACGAACCGGCUGUUCGGGACCUCGAGACCUCGGAGUCUUCCGAGAAUGGAGGCCACUCGGAGCGCAGCCUCUCCGAUGGAAGCUCCGGUGGCAAGGAUCCAGGCAACCCAUCUUCGGACACGGACUCCGGCAUCGGAAAGUCAACAUCUUCGCAGUCCUCAAACGACCCUGAGCCACCUAUACGCGAGGAGGUGUCUCGUGUGUCUUUGCCGCCGACAGAAGGCGAGAAGCUCAAGCUGAGGCUAAAGCUCGACUCUAAGAGGACCUGCCCCGUGAAAACGGAGAUAGAGGCGUCUUCACCACCUUCGCCGCAGGGCGAGCCUCCCCGGGUUCCGCCACUGCACAUCUCCCUGCGUGGCCCGAACGUGGCGGUGGUGGUGAGCCCGCGGAAACCAGAGGCAGUCCCCAAGAAGCGACCGCCACGAUCCCCACGGUCAAGCAAUGGUGCGGAAAGUGGUGGGGGCGGCAACGACGCUCGGAGGGGCUACCGCGGGGCCAGGGCUCGGGCUGACAAGGGAGCUGAGCGGACGCGGGAGCUUAGCUUGCUGUCCGGCGGUGGCAUCGUGCGAGUGCCCGUGUCCAUGUCGCCGACAGUUGUGCUGACGCCGCUGCAACUGCAGCACCCAAUGGGAGCCGGCAGCACCCGGAGGACUCUGCCGUCGCCUUCUUCUUCUUCCUCUUCGCCUUCUUCUUCGUCGCCCUCAUCCGCCUCUUCCUCCUGCGCACAGAGUACAAAACCCCACUGGUCUGCCACCUCGCUGGGGCCAGAGGCAGACUCCUCCGUUAGCGAUGGUUCCAGCCCGCUGCGGGACCGUCCCGAUCUACCUCACGCCCUGCGGUCUGCGGACAACGACAGCGUCGCUGCCACGUCGGCAACGACAAUGACGGUAGCGACGACCGUGGCAAUUCCGCCGCGUCAAGCUGGCAACAACGAACCUGCCACAAACAGUGCCUUGGGAGCCCUCGAGUGCCACACAACGCCACACCGGACGACACCUAGGCCCAGGAGUGUUCCAACGCCUGAGACGAAUGGCGUGCUGCACACUGACGAGGAAGAGCAGCGAUCACCCAGCCCCUGCCGUGCUUCCCCGUCCUCCCUGGCCAAGACGAUGACAACAGUGGCAAUGACGAGUGCAAUAGAGAAGAAGCCCCUCGCCAACUGCGUCGACGGACCCAUCGCCAACCACAUCGGCUCGACCAAGGGCGACGGGGUCGACGAGCUCCGCGAGAUGGCUGAGCGGAGGCUGUCUCCGACACCUAUGGCGCGGAUCAUCUCCCUGGAUGCCGUCGCAACUAAGAAGGCCACGUUUGGCGGUCCCGUUUUCGAGGUGUCAGACGUAGACGUGCCCGCGGCGCUCAAACUGGGUGGCCUGGUAGGUGGAAACCACAGAAUGCCCCUGCUAAUUUCAACUGGCGGUGGUGGCGGAACGUUUCGUGGUGACGUGAUGCUUCGCCAAGAGUAUGCUGCCGCCACCCACCACCACCCGCACCACCACUUCCACUGCACAACAGCUAAUUCCGUCCUCAAGCCCGGCAUCGUGCGCAUGAACCGGCUCAGGUUUGGAGCGGGCUUUGCCGCAACCACUGCAGCUUCUGCGGUCCCAGCCACAGGAACGUUGCAGCCGAGGGUGGAGGCAUUGGCGUCGAGCGUGGCCGCAAAGACCAACGGCAUCGCGUCGUCAUCGCCACUGCAGAAUGAGUGCGACUCGACGAUAGAUGCGGAGUCUAGCCUAGACUCUGACGACCUUGUCCCAAACGGGCCAUCAACGACGUCCCUAGUGGCGGCAGCAUCACUGUCGGCAAGUGCAACAUCACAGACGCUAUCUGCGGCAAGUGCAAUUGUGUCCAGGUCGGACGGGUUUUCAGAACUGCCACUGUCUCGUGGCCUUUGCGACUCUGCGACCAACGGCAGUGUGGAUUUUGUUGCAGUGGUCGGCAGUGACAAUGGUGUGACGACCACAGGGAGGGCCGAGGAGAACGGGGAGGGUGUGUCGCCGGACUCAAACCACGAGCCGCUACCACGUGACCUUUUAGGCCCCAGCGACACGGAUGGUGACAAAAGCGGUGAGGAGGAGGAGGCAAGCUCGGCCCUGUCUGAGGAAAGAGGGAGUUCGGUCUCGCCACCGAGCGAAGAUCCCUGCAGCAACAUUCCGCCGGACCGGCCGUCGUCGGCAUCGUUGCCACCUGCCGCACCCUCUCCUCUCUCUCCACCACUGUCCUCCUCCCCUGGAACCACUGCUGUGGUGGUGGCCUCUAGUCAGUCGAUGGCCACCCCAUCCGAGGCAGUAGUGACCCCUUCGCUCACGGCGGAGGCAGCCGUGGUGGCGAGCUCCACAUCCUCUUGCUCCUCCUCCUUCACACUACCUUCUUCCUCUUGCUCGUCCUCCACAACCUGGGACUCCUCACGGCCGACGACAAUAUCCGGCAUGGCCGAGGUAAUGCCAAGGACCCAGCCCCAGCCCACUUGCAGUUUGGCGGACGUGCCUUCAAGCACGUUACAGGUUCCUGGAGGCCAAAUGAUCUCGCCUUCCAUGUGGAGCACCGCUGGCAGCAGUAGCAGUAGUGGUGGUACCAGCAACGAUCCACAGCAGCGGCUCACUUUCAUCUUCAAGGGCAACCUGACAGCAUCAACAACGGCCUCCUCAUCGUCCUCAACCAGUGGCCACCCUGUGCUGGCCCUGCCGGCCAGUUCUGGCAGUGGUGGGCCGAAGCCAGUUCCCAUCAAGCUUCUGGCCCUUCCAUCGGGUGCCUCUGGGCUUGCCCUCAAUUCGUCCUUGGCCGAGUUGAUCUCUUCUCCGGCCACCCAAGGGGGCUCGUCACGUUUGGCAGCCACCAGGUCCGUGUCACCGCCGAUUCGACUCGUCGUCUCCAAGAUGGCAUCAACAGCCAAGGGUGCUGGCAACAUCAACCAAGGCAGUGCAUUCGCCCACUGGUACUUCGUUGUUGACCUCCAGCCCAUCCAUGGCAAACAUGGUCAUGAAGUCGGUGAUGUCCACCGCAGUAACAGCAAUGACGACGGUGGCACACUCGCCUGUGGUGACAACCAGUGCUGAGGCAACUCUCCCUUUGAUGUCAUCCGGUAUGGCACCAUUGUCAGUGAAUGUGUCUCUACCGGUGCUGCCAGAGGAGCGGCAGCCAGUUGUGAGCGGUGUUUGUGAAUCGCCAGCGGAAGCAGAAGUGCCCAUCAAACUUGACUCUCGUGAGGCAACGUGUGCAAUGGCGGGGACAUCCUCUGUGGUUGUGACCGAGGCAGAUACACGCGGAGGAGUCGCCGCGGCGCUGUCUGCCGAGGUGGUGCCGACGACCCUCUCUGAGGCAGGUAGUAAUGGCAAAGGGGAGUGUGGUGGUGCGGAAAAGGGCCCGUUGUCUGCAGAGCGGCUUGCUUCGCCCACAUUGUUGUCGGGUGUAUGUGCGGACUUGGCAGAGGAUGGCGAGCUGGCGGUGCUGAGCCCAUCGGUGAUCGCCAAUCACAUUGGGUCGCCACAGCUGCCUGACUCGCUGUCAACGCUAUUGGACAUGGCGAUAGACCCACCCGAUGAUGAUGACGAUGAUGAGAGUGAGCUGGCGAGCAAUCGUGAUUCACCAUUGGCCGUGUCGCUG